GAUGUGAUGAAGUCAGCUGUGGACAAAAUGGAAACUGAAGGAGACCUGAUCGGCGAUGGUUCACAGGUUCAUAGUCUCCCAACCAUACAAGGCAGACACAAGGAUCUCAAGUCUGUGUCUCCACAAACAGUCAGUCAGCUUCUUGCUGGAAAGUAUGAUGACGUCAUUUCCGGUUACCAAAUCGUCGAUUGUCGUUACCCCUACGAAUAUGAGGGCGGUCACGUUAAGGGUGCCAACAACCUCCACAAUGAGGCUCUGAUCUCAGACUUAGUGAACAGUCUGAAGGGGACGGACUCCAAUCAACGGAACAUCCUCAUCUUCCACUGCGAAUUUUCAUCAGAAAGAGGUCCGAAACUACUGAGACAUCUGAGAAACCUUGACCGGAAGCUGAACAGUGACCGUUACCCUUUCCUCUUCUACCCGGAAGUAUACCUGUUGGAUGGUGGAUACAAGGCCUUCUAUGAACAACACCAGUCUCAGUGCAAUCCAAGAAACUACGUUCCUAUGCUGCACCAGGAUUACUCCAAACAACUACGUCACUUCCGAGUGAAAUCCAAGUCAUGGACAGCAGGAGACAAACAGAGCAUGCGCAGUCGACGUCACCAAAUAGACGCGUCUCCACUCAAGAUGUGUCUUUGGUAAUCUGUAGGAUGAAUUAGUGGCUUGGGACAUUUCACAUGUUUUGGGG